GCCCUGCAGCACGUGGAGCAUCCCAAGAGAGGCCCUGGCCGCGCUGACGACACCGCGGGUUGCGGGCUCCGGCGUGGGGCCCAAUGGGGUACCCGGGCCACGGAGAAUCCGGGCGGGGCUUUCUGAUCCCACGCUUCCGGUGUCUUCUGGCUGUGCGAGGGCGUGAGCCUCUGUUUCUCCUAGUGGAGUCGGCCGGCCUAUCUCCUCUGACUUUCUAAAUUAGGCCGUGUUGUGGCCCGGGACUCUGCAUUUUCAGGCGUCCCUGAUGGUUUUGGUGUAUGUAGAUGAUCUGCGACCACCCUAGGGGGAACCAGCCCUCAAGGGGCCGGCACUUUCCACCAUCAGGAAGCUUAAGUGGGUGCCUCUGAGGAUGGAGUCAUCACAGGGCUGGCCUUGUGCUGAGGAGGGCCCACUGCUUUAGGAGAGACUGCCUGGGUGAGGUGUGAGAGUCGCUCUUAGCUCUUGAACUCGGUGCUCCUGGGCUCCUGUGGGCAUCAUGUUCAGAUGGCAGCUGUUAGUGAAUCAAGGGCUUAGGCCAGAAGCCCUAAAGGAUUGCGGGGUGCACCCAGGCUCACCUGAAGUCAGCCUCAGCUUCAUCUGGCCUCCCUGGGUUGUGGUUGGGUCCACUACCAGCUAGCAGAAUAGGUCUGGGACUGCCAUUGUUAGAAGUUUCUGAAAGCUAAGGGAAAACUUCAGAUGUCCAAGGGAGCGAUGGCAGACCACAAAGCAGAAGAGGUGCUAGAUAUUCUCCGGCUGAAUGUGGGUGGCUACGUUUACACUGCCCGGCGUGAGUCUUUGUGCCGCUUUAAGGAUUCUAUGCUGGCGGCUAUGUUUAGUGGUCGCUUUCCUCUAAAAACAGAUGAAUCAGGUGCUUGUGUUAUUGACCGUGAUGGACAUCUAUUUAAAUUUCUUUUGGAUUAUCUUCAUGGAGAAAUUCAGAUCCCUGAGGACGAGCAGACCAGAGCUGCCCUGCAGGAAGAGGCUGAUUACUUUGGCAUACCUUAUCCAUAUAGCCUUUCUGACCACUUGGCCAAUGAAAUGGAGACAUAUUCUUUAAGGUCAAAUAUAGAACUUAAAAAGGCUUUAACAGACUUCUGUGAUUCAUAUGGCUUAGUUUGCAAUCAGCCAACAGUUUGGGUUCUCCACUAUCUUAACACAUCUGGUGCAAGCUGUGAGAGUAGAAUUAUUGGUGUCUAUGCGACAAAAACUGAUGGAACAGAUGCUAUUGAUAAGCAGCUGGGAGGAAGAAUUCACAGUAAAAGCAUUUUUAAAAGGGAGGCAGGAAAUAACGUCCAGUACAUUUGGAGCUAUUAUUCAGUAGCAGAACUAAAGAAGAUGAUGGAUGCCUUUGAUGCCUGGGAAGGAAAAGGUGUCAGCUACUGGCGGGUGCCUCAUGAGCUGAUAGAGUGCUGGACUCUGGAAGAGCGGCCUUUGCAUGGAAGUCUACGACACAUGGCCCCAAUUCGAAAGAGGAGACUGCUAACCCUCAAUGAAGAGGAUGAAGGUGGGAACUGCAAGACUGGUCCUAAGCCAGUCAGAUUUUUGGGCCCUUCCACAAGUACCCAAAUUAAAGUCAAGAACUCUGCUUCAGUGAGGGUGGUACCUGCCAAUGCUGCCCAGACCACCUCUCAGGUGACAACAAACCAGUCUCAAAGUGGCAGCUAUGGAAAGGCAGCUCAGCGCUCUGUGUCCCCUGUGGCCACAGGGGCAUCUGGGCAUUCUCUUGCUUUCUCUAACUCCCAGAGUGCUGAAAAUGGAGCCCCACAGCCACCUCCAGCCAAGGUGCUACUCUCUGACAAGAAGUCUACACCCCACAGAGUGAUAAAGCUGAGGAGGACUCCAUUGUGUGCUGCUGUGGUACCUUCCCUACCCACCCCCUUAGGAGGAAGCCAGACCAGCUCCCCUGAGCAGCCCUCUCCUGAAGCUUCUAGCACUUUGAGUGUGCAGACCGAGAAUAGGAAAGAUCAGCCUGAUGGGUAAAAAUGGUGGGCUUGAAACUGCCUGUUUGUCUCAGAGGUUCCAAUACUUUUGAUACAGUAAGGGAUGCUGUUUCUUGAUGGAGCAGAAGGGAAAACUUAUGUUCGUGUUUAGGAUUAUUACAGGAAAAGUGAAUUCUGUGAAGUAGGAAUAGAGGACCAGAGACUUUGUGGUGGCGCUAUUAACUACUCAUUUUCCUGAAGAUUUAUCUGUGUGCAGUUUGAUUUCUAGUUUUUAAAUAUUUCUAGCUUUAUUUAAGUGGUUGUUAUCAAAGCAACAAAGCCAUCUAGCAGAGUAACCACUAGAGGAGCCCCUUUUUUGCAGAACUAUCACUCUCAGCACUUUUGUAAUGCUAUUCCUUGCAGUCCAGGGGUAGGUGUGUGAUCUGGGUGUAGGUUCCUACCAGAUGGAGAGGGGAUGUCAGUGCUGGUUGCACUGUGCCAGCCAGGGGAGGUUUCAGAGAGGGUGAGUCAGGAGAGCUGCCUGCAGUUGCUUAGUCUCCAGAGACAACGUGAAAAGCACUGACGGGGAGGGAAAAAGAUAAUUUAAGAUCACACUUUUGAUUCUCACUUAAUUGAGUCAUUUUUCUUCCUCAUUUGGCUUUCCUUGCUCUUUUUUGUUGCACUUUUUUUUAUAUAUACACCACCAGGAGAGCACAUGUGGUAAGAGCUGUAUGACAUCUUUUUGAAAUUGUUUAAAUGUGCUAUUUUAAUUUAGAUAGUGAAGGAGUUUCGUUUUGUUUUCUGUUUUUUACACGGGGUCUCCCUGUAGCCCCAGCUGGUCUGAAAUUCGCUAUGUAGACCAGGCUGGCUUCCAUCUCAAAGAGAUCUGCCUGUGUCUGCUCUUGAGACUAAAGGCAUGUUCCAGCACGCCUGGCUGGAUUUUGAAGUAUUUUGAAAAAGAGAAGUUAAAAAAGUUUUAACUUUUUAACUAAAGUUACUAUUUGUUUUUAGAAGUGACUGUUGAAGGGUCCUUCUGACUAUACACUAUAAUUUUUAUGCACAAAAUUUCCGUAUAACUUGAAUUUAAUAUUUUUAAACCAAAUGUUUGGCUCAAUCCUCUAUUUUUUCAUGACUGUUCAAUUGUGUGUGCUUACUCUGAUAUAUUAUGUUUGGUAAUUGGAUCAUAUGUUUCUACUUUGAGUGAGUGGUAUGCCUUCAAGUGUUCUCAAAACAAGAGCGGGGUACUGUGCUCAUGCUGAGCAUUGUGCUUGCAUUGCCUUGAAAGAGUAAACAUUUGUACAUAAUGUUACUUUUAAAAUAAAUAAAAACUUUUCCACAAAA